AUGCCCAACUGGAGCCCACCCCAGCCUGUUGUACUCCCGCCCCCCUGUCGGACACACGCCCACAUAGUGCUGAUACAAUUCAGGAGGCGUUUGUGCGCCUAUGGCGAUCAGUGGGGCUUUGACUCGAUUGUCAGCCGCUUGACCGAGAUGCCGCCCCAAAUGACAGGCAGGAUCUAA